GUCUACUUGUCUUCCACAUAGAUGCCACAAUCUGAUGGUACUCUGUCAGACAGGGAGGAUGAAAGUAGCAGCAUGUCUACUGAUCCAUCAAUAUUUCUACAACAAACACUGGAUAAAAUGAAAAAUAUUGACCAGUUAGAUAAAGAAAUGGAAGAAAAACUGAUGAAAAUGAUUAUCAGAGAUUUAAAUCGAGUUGCAGAGCUUCAGCCAUCAUUGGCAGCGAAUGCUGAAUUCUCUUCACUGUAUAUUCAAUGCCAGCUACUGCUCACAAAGGCAUUAAAAGACAAACAAUGGGCAAUUCCUAUGCCAAUGUGUUCACAGGAGAGUGUUAUGGCAAUGGCUUCUGUCAACCAG